AUGUUCUCCUGCUGUGUCCCGACGUGCUGCCGAUCUCCUCGUCGCAAAAGAGGCCAAAAUGAGAGUCUUUCUCGAGAAUACAGACAUUGGUUCAACCCUCACCCUCGACGCCUCUGGCCCUUUGCCAGAAGGCACCCUCAGAGCUCCACACAGCAGAUCAAGCAGGAGCUGUUGGAUGGAUUCCAUUUCUCCAACUUCUUCAAAGAAGGGCAGGGGCCCACCGCCACCAACCACGGCCAAUGCUGGUCUGGGUAUGAAAAUCAGAUCUCCAGGAUGUCAACUUUCCAGCCCGGCACAGGGGAGAAGCUGUUGGACUCCCUGGUUCCAGCCUUGCUAACUAAACCCAUCUCCUCCUAUGCCACCUGCCUGGGCCCCUCCUGGGACUUUAUCACCGUGCCACACUUUUUGGAACUACUGGUUAGAAGCACCAUCACCUCCAUUUUGUUCACCUGGCCCCUUGAAAACACUUCAGUUUGCUAUCAGCCCCCGCAACGGUCAUCUUUCCGGAUAAAGCUGGCCUUCAGGAACUUCGCUUGGCCUGGACUGGGCUUGGAGGACCACCAGGAACUUGUCCUAGGCCAGUUGGUACUUCCGGAGCCCAACGAGGCCAAGCCAGAUGAUCUUGCUCCACCUCCUGGACAACACGUAUUAACAAUGCCGGCCCUGGAGCCAGCACCACCACUGCUGGCGGACCUGGGGCCUGCUCUGGAGCCAGAAUCAGGGGCAGUCCUGGGUGCACCAGGAUAUCUAUAUUCAGCACCAGGACCAGCACCAGGGGAAGGAUCCCCUCCAGCGAAACUGCUGGAGCCACAGUCCGCCUCAGAGUCCCCCACUCCCUCUUCCGGGACUGUGAAGAACCAAUCCCUUGAGGAGAUGCCUGACAUCACGACCUUCCCUCCCAGGCUGCUGGCAGAGCAGCUGACCCUCACGGAUGCGGAGCUGUUCAAGAAGGUGGAGCUCUACGAAUGCUUGGGCUCCAUCUGGGGCCAACGAGCUAAGGAGGGGAAUGAGCACGUGGCACCCACAGUUCAUGCGACCAUCACACACUUCAACAGGCUCACCAACUGCGUCACCACCUCCUGCCUCGGGAACCAUGGCAUGACGGGCCGGGACAGGGCCAGGGUGGUGGAGCACUGGAUCAAGGUGGCCAGGGAGUGCCUAAGCCUCAACAACUUCUCCUCGGUGCACGCCAUCGUCUCUGCUCUGUGCAGCAAACCAAUACAUCGGCUACACAAGACAUGGGCAGCAGUGUCCAGAAGAGGAAACAGUCUCAGGGAGGCCCGGCUGCAUGAGUGGGUGACACACACAGAGAGUGUGGAGCUGGCCAGUGGUAUGAGCACUGUGCCAGGUGACUCAUGCCAGUUCCUAGGGAUCCAAGUGUGGGGUGACUGGGGUGUAACUGGGGGAAGAGAGGAGAGCCUCACUGUCUCCCUCACUGGCACCUGGCAGGCGGGGAGCUUUAAGGUGGCCACCCAGGAGAGGAACCCCCAGAGAGCCCAGAUGAAGCUGCGGAGGCAGAAUAAGAGAUCAGAGCAAGGGUCUGGGAAAGCUGGACUCAGAGUGGACGUGGGGAAGGGGCCAAUACUCAUCAUCACUACACCUCCCCCCUCCCACUCCUCCUUGGCACAGGGAGUGGUCCCCUUCCUGGGGGAUUUUCUGACUGAGUUACACAGAUUGGAUACGGCCAUCCCAGACGAUCUGGAUGGCAACAGCAACAAGAGGAGGAAGGAGGUCCGAGUUCUGCAGGAAAUGCAGCUGCUCCAAGUGGCUGCCAUGAAUUACAGCCUUUGGCCUCUUGAGAAAUUUGUCACCUAUUUCCCAAGAAUGAAGCAGCUCAGUGACAAGGAGAGCUACAAGCUGUCCUGCCAGCUGGAGCCCGAAUCACAGUAGGCCAGUAACAUCCUGCAGUGGCUGGGACCCCACCGGGAUGCUGGUCAGAACACCGGCUCUGCACCAUCCUUCACCUAGACCGUGACACCAGGGAACCACAUCUAGGUGGCUGGCAGCUCAGCUGCAUCUGAACCCUGCUCUUCGCGUAACACCAGCUGCUCCUGCUGGUCAGGAUCAGGCCAUGGGACUUUUCCCAGGCAGGCGGGAGACCAUUUUAUGUUUAUUUUCUUUAGUGUAUAAGUAAGGCUUUUUUUCUUAACUUUUUAAAAUAAAAAUUUAAAACACUACUCAAAAUGUUCUAUAGUUGUUGGAAUGAGAAAAGUAACCGCAGCGCAGUAACCGUAUACCAAUCUUCAGGAUUCAUAGUUCACUAUGUCAAAUUGAGGCUAUGGCUGAACAAGUCAUGCAACAGCGUUUAUGUUACACAUGCCAACCAUUUAAUGUUUUCCUUCUCUGUUCUAAUUAAUUAUUAUUAACUCUGUUUAAGGAAAACAAAAAACGCAACAAAGCAAAACCCUUAAAAAUCAGAGCAUGUUACCCAAUCUACCACACUUGUUCUACUGACCAGCAACUCUCAAAUUUAAAUUCUAGUUAAAUUCGAGUUCCACUGGGUUACUCUACUUUCUUGAAGUUUAAAUAUUUAAUGAAUCACUUAUAUAUUUACUGAAAGGCUGGAGAUGGGAGGUAUUUCAGCAAUCGGUAGUGCUGGCCUUCUCCAGAAGUCCUGGGCAGAAGGGAGCUGGCCAUCAGUCUCCAUGAAAUACAGAUAAACUUUUUCCACUAUGGAUCUUCCCAGACUUUCUGACACCUCUCCCCUAACUGAGUAUCAAGGAAGGAGAGAAUCAUUUGAGACCAGAAUCGAAAACGAUGUCCCACGGCUUAAUUUGAACACAACCCCCAGUGUGUUAUAUCAGAGAAAAAACAAGCCAAAGAAGUCAACAUUUCAGGGUCUGAAACAUGUAAUACCCCCAAAUCAACACCAAAUAAACACCUAAACCCAAUCCUGGAGCCGCAAAGCUCCUAUAAGAAAAGUGGGAGUCUGUAUCUCAGCAAAACUUGUAUCUCUGCACGCAGUUUGCAAAAAAGAAAGAAAACAAGAGCAAAAAUUAUCUAUGGCAAGAAACCCUUAGACCGUGCAAUUGAUUUGGCAAUACUUUUUCUUAUUUGUUGUUCUUUUUGGAUGGGACACUAAAAUCACUGCUAACAAACAUGAAUACAAACACAUGGGACUAUACAUCAUUUCAGAGCUUACGCAUGAGCAAGAGGAACAAUGAACCAUUAAAGAAACCAUCCUACAGAUUGAGAGAAAGUUCAGCAGAAUCUUACCUGUGAAAGGGGUUGUUAUCUAACAUGCAUGAGAAACUAACGCUACUCUAACUGGGAAAAUGAACAAAACCUAAUACCCAAGCUAAAACUGGGCAAAGAUCCUGAAUAGGCACAUCUGAAAUGAAAACAUGAAAUUCACUGACAGGUCAAAGAGAAGCUGCUCAACUUCACUAAUCCUCACACAAAUGUCUAAGUACGAACCACGCUCAGAAGUGUCUCACUCUAAUUAGAACGAAACUUAGCAAAAAAAACAGAAAACCCAUACGUUCACAGGCAGUGGCCAAUGCAGAACAGCAGAAAAAGACACUUUUAUACACUAUCAGUGGCAAUGUACAUUACUAUACACAUGAAGUGAAACAGUUGAAGGUGUUUUAAACAUUUUACAACUAUCCCUUCACCUAGCAAUCCCACCACUGGUUAUACACAGAAACCACAUAGAAUCUGUUACGUUGAGGAGGUAUCGGCCUUCCUAUGGCGACUGAAGCACUAUUCACAAUAGCGAAGGUAU